GAGAGGGAAAAACUUGUAACACACUUUUCGGAGUAAUAAAAAAACAUCACAGACACUACUCCGUUAUUGUUCAACACAUCAACCUACUGGGUGUUGGCUGUUUUUUUAGUGUUUCACCGCUAAAUCAGUUCGACUCAUUCUUUGAAUUUACUGCAAAGUUAUAAAGCAUUGACUGAAGUUCAUUAAUAGCUACUAUCAUGGCUCACCAAUAUUAUCCAUUCAAAUGCACGCCAACUGUGUACCCGGCUGAACCAUUCGACGCCAAUAACGAUGCUGCAAUUCUGAGAAAGGCGAUGAAAGGUCUUGGUACUGAUGAAAAAUCUAUUAUUGAUGUACUUACUAAAAGAGGAGUAGUACAACGCCUUGAAAUUGCUGAAGCAUUUAAAACAAUGUAUGGAAAAGAUCUUAUAAGUGACUUGAAGAGUGAAUUAUCUGGAAAACUCAAAGAUGUUAUUGUCGCCUUGAUGACACCUUUACCUCACUAUUAUGCUAAAGAACUUCACGAGGCAGUUUCUGGUCUUGGUACUGACGAGGAAGCUAUUGUUGAAAUUUUAUGCACAUUAAGUAACUAUGGCAUUCGAACCAUUGCUGCUUUUUAUGAAAAUCUUUAUGGAAAAACUUUGGAAAGCGAUUUGAAAGGAGAUACAUCAGGACAUUUCAAAAGACUUUGCGUUUCACUUUGCCAAGCAAAUCGUGAUGAAAAUCAAGGAAUAGACUAUGCUCAAGCACAAGCUGAUGCUCAAGCUCUGUAUGAUGCAGGUGAAAAACAGUGGGGAACAGAUGAAUCACAAUUCAAUAUGAUUCUAGUAACUCGUAGUUAUCAACAAUUACGGCAAACAUUUUUGGAAUAUGAGAAAAUUGCCGGUCACGAUAUUGAAGUGGCAAUAAAAAAAGAAUUCUCUGGAAGUAUCGAGAAAGGUCUUUUGGGAAUUGUUAAAUGUGUAAAAUCAAAAGUUGGAUUUUUCGCUGAAAGAUUACAUGCAGCAAUGCAAGGAAUUGGAACCAAGGAUCGUACAUUGAUUCGAAUUCUUGUAUCAAGAAGUGAAAUAGAUCUAGGUGACAUUAAAAAAGCAUUUGAAGAACGUUAUGGAAAAUCCCUAGAAAGCUGGAUUGCUGGCGAUACAUCCGGUGAUUAUAAAAAAGCAUUAUUGUCUCUAGUUUCCACAUAAUCAAUUUUACACGAGGAAAAACUAGCAUUGUCAGAUAAAAAUUCAUUGAAAAAUACAUUAAAGCUUAUCAGUUUUUGCUUACAAUGUCACUUGAAAGAAUAAUUGAAUAUAUAUAAAAUACAUAGAUUCAUUAAUAAUAUUUAUAUUUGAACAUUUUUCAAGUUUGUACACAGCAUUACAACUUAUAUUUUUACAAUAUUUUUA